GCAGACCAAGCCCAACUAUAGCUGCAGAACGAGGAGGGGUACUUCUCCCAUGGAUUGCACUUUGAGGACUGGAUUCAGUUCAAGCUGUUUUAGCUCUGUGAAUCUGCAUAUUUUAGCAACCAAUCCAAAAGGGUAUUCACAAUUUUCCUUCUUAUGUACCAAUUGUUUCUGUUUGUUAUGAUAAGCUGUUAAUUCUGACAUGUGAAAAAGCUUCUUGGUAUUGUCUUCAAGUGUGUUCUUUUUGUUUGUAUUAGUAGUGUUGUUGUCGUUGUUCUUCUUUUGAAUCUUGAAAUUGAAGGGUUUGGGUAGGAUUUCUCGAAUCAGGCUUGAAUUUUCUGUAAUGGGUCAUUCAGGGACAGAUAAUAUCCAAGAAAAUUUGAACCCAGAUUGGGAAAAAGCGCUCUAUCAGUACGAACAUGUCAUAUCCUCUGGGAAUGAGGCGAUGCGAAUAAAGGGCACAAUUAAGCUAGCCCAUCUCGCUGAACAUGCCCCUGAAAAUAUAUUAGCCUGUGCCAUACCGAUCCUAGCCGAACUUCUUAGCAAUGGACCUUCUAAUAAUUCGAGUCAGCCAAUUCAAGAAGCUGCUGUAUAUUGCUUAAAAUGUAUUGCUCGUCGAGGUGAUGGUGGGUUGGAAACAGAGAUAGGGGAAUCCGGUGCCAUACAAUCUAUACUGAGGUUAUUGCCAGAUUCUGAUAAUGGUUUUCGGAGAGUUAUGAUAAAAUGUUUGUGGAUUCUUGUCAAUUUUAGUAGUAUGAAUCGCGAGAUAGUAGCUAGAAAUGGUGGACUGGAAAUUAUCAUCAAUAUGUUAAAUUUAUACAGGGAUGCUACUAGGGGGUACUUGUUGGAGAUUCUGAGUGCAUUGACAUUGUUGAGAGAGGUUAGGAGGGUCCUUACCAGUUUAGGAGGCCUUCACUUUCUUGUUGAGGCUGCUAGAUGUGGUAGCAUGGUCUCUAGGGAAAGAGCUUGUCAAGCAAUGGGGUUGCUUGGGGUUACAAGACGUGUGAGGCGUAUGCUUGUUGAAUUAGGUGUUAUACCGGUGCUUGUUGAGUUGUUCAGAGAUGGGGAUAGCAGUACAAAACUUGUUGUGGGUAAUUCUCUCGGUGUGAUCUCCACUCAUAUUGAUUACAUUAGGCCUGUUGCUCAAGCGGGGGCAAUACCUUUAUAUGCUGAACUUCUUCGGGGACCCGAACCUAUUGGUAGGGAUAUUGCCGAGGAUGUGUUUUGUAUACUGGCUGUUGCAGAAGUGAAUGCAGUUGAGAUUGCUGAGCACUUGGUCGGGAUUCUGAGAGAAGGUGAUGAUGAAGCAAAGGCUGCAGCUGCUGAUGUUUUUUGGGAUCUCUCAGGUUACAAGCACACGGUAUCUGUUGUGCGAAAUUCGGGUGCAAUUCCACUUCUAGUUGAGCUUUUGAGAGAGGGAAAUAGUGAAGUUAAGGAAAAAGUGUCUGGGGCUAUUGCCCAAUUGAGUUAUGAUGAGGCGGAUCGAGUGGCACUUGCGAAUGCGGGAGUAAUCCCGUUUCUCAUUGAAUUGAUGCAUGAUGACUCUGAGGAAAUGAGGGAUAAUGCUGCAGAGGCUCUUAUCAAUUUCUCUGAAGAUCCAUUGCACUGUAAUAGAAUAUCUGAAGCAAUUGAUAUUCCUGCUUUCCAAAAUAUGCAGAAUACGCUAAGUCGGAUUCGUGCAUCUGAGCACAUGGUUAGAUCUUUGAGACGGAUUCGUGCUUCUGAUGAGCGCAUGGUUAGAUCUUUGAGACGGAUGAGCAUUGACCAGCUUACUUGGGACCCAGAUCGUGUCUAAUUGUUCAAAUGGAGAAUCAAAGCAUCUUUUUAUCAUCAGUUUGUCCUCUCCAUUUGCUGAAAGCUAAGUAGAUGAUCAAGCAGAAUUUCCAGAAGAAAAAAGGAGAAAAGAGAAGUACAGGGUGGGGUGUGCUUGGAGCGCCAGCUUUUUGACAUAUGAAGAUCAAGGAUUAUGUUGUAGGGAAGAUGAGUUAUAUAUUUGCAAUAACAUCCAGGAGUGGUAAUGGUUUUUGGUAUUUAGUUGCUGAUCUUAUCUAAUUUGUGAUGAAGAGAUUACUAGGUAUGAUAAACCACACUUCUAUUACACCACUAUCCUGCUUGCUGAUGUGGCAGUGUUAAUUAGCGACGGGACUCUUGCGAAAUGAGAAAGAGUCACCGAAAACCAUUGGUCUCAAGAAAACCUCGUAUAAAGAGUGUAUCUCAAAGUUUACCUUAUUUUUGGAGGGAGCGACCAUUUUUAAUGUGAAAGAGAAUUAGCCUUUGGAUGCUUACCACAUGGCGGACUGAAGAUGUCUGAUCAAUAGUGCAGUUAUUUUUUAUGUAGUGAGAGAGAAGUAUUAUAUGUAUUACUAAGUCAUGCAAAUUUGAGUGUUUCAACUUCAUGCUUUUUAUGUGUGUAAAUGCAAUUUGUUGAGAAAAUAAAUCAUCUGAAACAACCUACGAGCACAAACCCACUAGAUGAAUAACUACACCAUUGAUCAGACA